CAGAGGUGUCCAGAGAGACUGCAGAUUUGUAAGAUCAUCUCUUCAGAAAGGAAUCACCACAGUAUCUAACAAGGCUGCUGGAAACGACUCGAUUGCAGCUUUUUGUCACCGCCCCAUAUUGUUGCUUCCUUAUCUUGUGUGCCAACCUGCUCCAGAGCCAUGUGGGUUGCCCUGGUCUUGCUGCUUGCCCUCCCCAGUGGCACUCUGUCUCUGGACAAACUCAACAUGUGUAUGGACGGCAAACACCACAAAGUGCAGCCUGGCCCUGAGGGACAACUUUACAGUCAGUGUGCUCCCUGGCGUGACAACGCAUGUUGCACAACAAACACCAGCACAGAAGCCCACAAUGAUACCUCCUACCUGUACAAGUUCAACUGGAAUCACUGCGGCAUUAUGAGCUCCAAGUGCAAGAAACAUUUCAUCCAGGACACUUGCUUUUAUGAGUGCUCACCACACUUGGGACCCUGGAUACAAGAAGCGGAUGAGAACUGGCGUAGGGAGAGAAUCUUGAAUGUGCCUCUGUGUAAGGAAGACUGCCACGGAUGGUGGGAGGACUGCAAGAAUGAUUACACUUGCAAGAGUAACUGGCACAAGGGAUGGGACUGGAGCUCGGGUAUUAACAAAUGCCCUGCAGGCAGCAUGUGCAGAAAGUGGACUGAAGUUUACCCCACACCCAAGUCUAUGUGUGAACAAAUCUGGUCCAAGUCCUACCUUUAUACCACCCACUCCAACACCUCAGAGCGCUGCAUGCAGCUCUGGUUCACCGGGCCAAACCCCAACAGGAAGGUAGCUGAGUACUACCUGAACAAUGCACAGCAACAGCAAAGCUUUGCCAUGACAACGCUGCUGUUCCUAGCUAUCUCAUCUUUCUCUGUGAUGAUGCACUGAAAAAAUACUUUUCAC